UUUUAUGUUUCUAAUUUAUUUUUUUAAUUUAUUAAAAAUUUUUAUUUUAUAUUGGAGUACAGUUGAUUAAAAUUCUUUAUUCUUAUAUGUAAUAUAGUCCCCUAUUGUUUGUUCCCAUUCAGAGUAUUAAAGCUUUUUUAUGCGGUUUUAUAGGACAUAGUUCAGAGUCAGCAAUAAUGACUUGCUAAUGUUUCUAAAGUUUUUUCAAACUAGUUAGGAAAUCCUGCAGGGAAUCAUUGUUUGAGUAAACAGAAUGCAUUUGGGGCCUUCAUUCUACAUACAGUGGAUCAGCUGCAGUGUUUUUUCCCAUUUGAUUGUGAUCACUUUUAGAUCUUUUAAUGCUGAUUUUGAACUGAGUGGGCUGAAAGUUAUACAAGAUUGUAUAACUGGUUUGUUACACAAUCUUACAGUUGGUUUGGAUGCCACAAUUUCUAUAUAAAGUUAUAAAGAAACAGCAGUUUUGGAGUCUUUCUGUUGGGAUUAAUGAAAAGAAUCAAACGGAGCGUACUGAAACAGCAGAACUGGCUGGUGGUGCAGCAAACAUCAUGAGUAAGCACAGAGAAGUCUGUUCCUUAUCACGUGUGUAAGGGAUAAAAGAUUUAAACAGCUCUCUUGAGUGGUGUUUUCUCACUGAUGGAGAAUUACUUCCAAGCAGAAGCUUACAACCUGGACAAGGUGUUAGAUGAAUUUGAACAAAACGAAGAUGAAACCGUUUGUCCUAUUUUAUUGGAUACAAAGUGGAAUAAGAUUCUAGAUUCCCCUUCUCGCCAACUGCCAUUUAACUCUGCGCUGGCCAGUGUGAAUGAACCUACAGUUUCUGAGUCACAGCCACAACUGAAAGUCUUCUCCCUGGCUCAUUCAGCUCCUCUUAAUACAGAGGGAGAGGACCAUUGUGCUAAUGAACAGGACUGUAGUCUGAAUCCAGAGAUCAACACAAUGUGGAUUGAUGAAAAUGCAGUUGCAGAAGACCAGUUAAUUAAGAGGAACUGUAAUCGAGAUGAUCAAUGCAGUACUGUCGAAGUGGGAGAGAAGAAAUGUGGAAACCUAGCUUGUCUGCCAGAUGAGAAGAAUGUUCUUGUCGUAGCCGUCAUGCAUAACUGUGAUAAAAGGACAUUGCAAAGCGAUUUGCAGGAUCGUAAUAAUUAUAAUAGUCAAUCCCUCAUGGAUGCUUUUAGCUGUUCGCUGGAUAACGAAAACAGACAAACUGAUGAAUUUAGUUUUAGUGUAAACGGGUCCACUGAGAAAGAUAUGAACUCAGAGAAACAAGUGGAUCCAUUGACUAGACCAAAUGCAGAGGGGGAUUCUGUUAAAUAUAUAUGUACUACUUCAUCUGAUAAUCUAGCCAGUGUCUGUUCGCCUUUACAGUUACAGGAUGAUGAAAAUAUAGAUAGAGACCCCACCAUGUCUGUGAUUACAAGUUUAACACUAGAUUCAGUAAUCUCAUCCCAGGGAACAGAUGAAGGUCCUGCUGUAAAGCAAGAGGACUCUACACCAGAUGAGGUUCUCACUGGCAAAACCAGCUCUCCUAGGACAGAUCUAGGGAGUCCAAACUCCUUUUCCCACUUGAGUGAGGGGAUUUUGAUGAAAAAAGAGCCAGCAGAGGAAAGAACAACUGAAGAAUCCAUCCAGUCUGGUUUACCUUUGCUUCUCAAAGCUGACAUGCCUAAUGGGUCUGGCAGGGAUGAUAACUGUGAACAGUUUUCAGAUUGCCUUGCACCCAGUGAAGUUAGAGCUGAUGAAAUUGAAGGUUGUAAACAUGAGGAAAUUCUUGGCAUUACAGAACUUCUUAAUAUGACAGAGCAUUUCUCUGAAUCUCAGGAGAUGACUAAUUGGAAAUUGACUAAACGAAACAAGAUGAAUGACAGCCAAGUAAAUAAAGAAAAUGAGAAGUUUCUACAGAUGAAUCAACCUGAGGACACUUAUGAUGAUAGUGGAGGAGAGUGUGAUAGAAUGGCAGAAGCAGGUCUAGACUUAAAAGGAACUUGUAUGAAUGAAAGUGAAGGAUGCGAUUUCUCCACUGUUAUGGAUACAUCAGCAGCAAAUUCACUGUCUAAUUGUUGUGAUUCCUAUGGAAUGCAGAGCCCAGUUUGUUUUGUUCCAAAGACUUUACCCUCCAAAGAAGAUUCAGUAACAGAAGAAAAGGAAAUAGAGGAGAGCAAGUCAGAAUGCUACUCCAAUAUUUAUGAGCAGAGAGGAAAUGAAGCCACAGAAGGGAAUGGACUACUUUUAAACAGCACUGGUGACCUAAUGAAGAAAAAUUACUUACACAAUUUCUGUAGCCAAGUUCCAUCAAUGCUUGGGCAAUCUUCACCCAAGAUAGUAGCAAACCUGCAAUCUAUCAGUGUUCCUUUUGGUGGUGCAAGACCCAAGCAACCUUCUAAUCUUAAACUUCAGAUUCCAAAGCCAUUAUCAGAUCAUUUACAAAAUGACCUUCCUGCAAACAAUGGAAAUAAUAUUAAAAACAAAAAUGAUGUUCUUGGGAAAGCAAAAUUAGGGGAAAACUCAGCAACCAGUAUAUGCAAUGCCUCUUUGGGAAACAUCUCUAUUGCUGAUACAAAUGGGGAACAUUUAGAAAGUUAUGAGUCUGGGAUAUCCAGUAGACAGUGCCUUGCGUUAGCUCCAGAAAGCCCAGAUAAUGAUCUCAGAGCUGGUCAGUUUGGAAUUUCUGCUAGAAAGCCAUUUACCACUCUGGGAGAAGUGGCUCCAGUGUGGGUACCAGAUUCUCAGGCUCCAAAUUGCAUGAAAUGUGAAGCCAGGUUUACAUUCACCAAAAGGAGGCAUCAUUGCAGAGCAUGUGGGAAGGUUUUCUGUGCUUCCUGCUGUAGCCUGAAAUGUAAACUGUUAUACAUGGAUAGAAAGGAAGCUAGAGUAUGUGUAAUCUGCCAUUCAGUGCUAAUGAAUGCUCAAGCCUGGGAGAACAUGAUGAGUGCCUCAAGCCAGAGCCCUAACCCUAACAAUCCUGCUGAAUACUGUUCUACUAUCCCUCCCUUGCAGCAAGCUCAGGCCUCAGGAGCCCUGAGCUCUCCACCUCCCACUGUGAUGGUACCUGUGGGAGUUUUAAAGCACCCUGGAGCAGAAGUGGCUCAGCCCAGAGAGCAGAGACGAGUUUGGUUUGCUGAUGGAAUCUUGCCUAAUGGAGAAGUUGCUGAUGCAGCCAAAUUAACCAUGAAUGGAACUUCCUCUGCAGGAACCCUGGCUGUGUCACAUGACCCAGUCAAGCCAGCAACUACCAGUCCCCUACCAGCAGAGACGGAUAUUUCUCUAUUCUCUGGAAGUAUAGCUCAGGUUGGAAGUCCUGUUGGCAGUGCAAUGAACCUUAUUCCUGAAGAUGGCCUUCCUCCCAUUCUCAUCUCCACUGGUGUAAAAGGAGACUAUGCUGUGGAAGAGAAACCAUCACAGAUUUCAGUAAUGCAGCAAUUGGAAGAUGGUGGCCCUGACCCGCUUGUAUUUGUUUUAAAUGCAAAUUUGUUGUCAAUGGUUAAAAUUGUAAAUUAUGUGAACAGGAAGUGCUGGUGUUUCACAACCAAGGGAAUGCAUGCAGUGGGUCAGUCUGAGAUAGUCAUUCUUCUGCAGUGUCUACCGGAUGAAAAGUGUUUGCCGAAGGAUAUCUUUAACCAUUUUGUGCAGCUUUAUCGGGAUGCUCUGGCAGGGAAUGUUGUGGGCAACUUGGGACAUUCCUUCUUCAGUCAAAGUUUCCUUGGCAGUAAAGAACAUGGCGGAUUCUUAUAUGUGACGUCUACCUAUCAGUCACUGCAAGACCUAGUACUCCCAACCCCACCUUACUUGUUUGGGAUUCUCAUCCAGAAAUGGGAAACUCCUUGGGCUAAAGUGUUUCCAAUCCGACUAAUGUUGAGACUUGGAGCUGAAUAUCGACUUUAUCCUUGCCCACUGUUCAGUGUCAGAUUUCGGAAGCCGUUGUUUGGAGAGACGGGGCAUACCAUCAUGAAUCUUCUUGCAGACUUCAGAAAUUACCAGUAUACACUGCCAGUAGUUCAAGGUUUGGUGGUUGAUAUGGAAGUUCGGAAAACCAGCAUCAAAAUUCCCAGCAACAGAUACAAUGAGAUGAUGAAAGCCAUGAACAAGUCCAAUGAGCAUGUCCUGGCAGGAGGUGCCUGCUUCAAUGAGAAGGCAGAUUCUCAUCUUGUAUGUGUACAGAAUGAUGAUGGCAACUAUCAGACCCAGGCUAUCAGUAUUCACAAUCAGCCCAGAAAGGUGACUGGUGCCAGUUUCUUUGUGUUCAGUGGCGCUCUGAAAUCCUCUUCAGGAUAUCUUGCCAAGUCCAGUAUUGUGGAAGAUGGCGUUAUGGUCCAGAUCAUGGCAGAGAACAUGGAUGCCUUGAGGCAGGCGCUGCGGGAGAUGAAGGACUUUACCAUCACCUGUGGCAAGGCAGAUGCCGAGGAUCCCCAAGAGCACAUCCACAUCCAGUGGGUGGAGGAUGACAAGAAUGUCAACAAGGGUGUCAUAAGUCCCAUUGAUGGGAAGUCCAUGGAGUCUAUAACAAGUGUGAAGAUAUUCCAUGGAUCAGAGUAUAAAGCAAAUGGAAAAGUCAUCAGAUGGACAGAGGUAUUUUUCCUAGAAAAUGAUGACCAGCACAAUUGCCUGAGUGAUCCUGCAGAUCACAGCCGACUGACUGAGCAUGUUGCCAAGGCUUUUUGUCUUGCUCUGUGUCCCCACCUGAAGCUUCUGAAGGAAGAUGGAAUGACUAAGCUGGGACUACGUGUAACACUUGACUCAGAUCAGGUUGGCUAUCAAGCAGGAAGCAAUGGCCAGCCCCUGCCCUCACAGUACAUGAAUGAUCUGGACAGCGCUUUGGUGCCGGUGAUCCACGGAGGGGCCUGUCAGCUCAGCGAAGGCCCCGUCGUCAUGGAACUCAUCUUUUAUAUUCUGGAAAACAUCGCAUAGACAGAGAGGACUUCAUUUUCUUCUGUUCAGACCUGUUGCAACAGCAGUCAUACCCAAAUCAUUUGCACUUUAGAACUGGAAAAUUAAGCUUUUGUUAACACUAUUAAUGGGGGGUGGGGUGGGUUGGGAGUUGGGGUCUGGGGGACAGGGAUGGGAGGGGGUGGUUGG